CUCAAUUAUCCACGCAGACCGAGUUGAAAGGGCUAUGUGCAGUGUUGACCGCAUUAACUACGUUAUUGACAAGGCAGAUGCCUACCAAGAUUCUCCUCAAGUUAUUGGCCAUGGUGCUACCAUUAGUGCCCCCCACAUGCAUGCUUACGCUACUGAACAUCUACUUCCGUAUCUGCGUCCUGGAGCGCGUGUGCUAGACGUCGGAAGUGGAUCCGGGUACUUGGCUGCUGUCUUCCACCAUCUGGUUUCUUCACCGGAGAAAUCAGGACACGUUGUUGGGAUUGAACACAUUCCGGACCUCGUAGAAUGGUCAGUGCAGAACCUAAAGAAGGAUGGCUUGGCGGAAGCCUUGGACAAUAAGGAGAUCCAGUUAGUAGUUGGAGACGGAAGACUUGGAUACGAACAGGGUGGGCCGUAUGACGCGAUUCACGUUGGCGCCGCAGCUCCAACCCUUCCGGCCAAACUCGUCGAACAGCUGGCGUCCCCUGGUCGGAUGUUCAUUCCUGUGGGCACCUUCGCCCAGCAUAUUUUGCAUGUCGAUAAGGAUGUGAAUGGAAAGGUGACGGAAACGCGGAUUAUGGACGUUCGGUAUGUUCCCUUGACCGAUCGCGCAUCCCAGAGGUGAAUUAUAUCAUAAUGGGUUCUCGAUUCGUCUCGUCCGUGAGAUCGAAUCGUGUAUUACUAGGUUCGGUGAUGUUGAUGAUUUCACAUCUUUUCACAUAUUCUUCUGUAUUUGUAUCAACAAGAAAUUUACUUGACGUGGUCUGCCGGUCCGCCUAAUACUAGUAAUAAUUAAAC